AUGGUUCUGGUCUCCAUAACUACCAAAGCAGUAGAACAAUGUUGGUACAGCAACAUUGUCCAGUUAACAGCAGAGUUAAGAAGGUUGAGUACCAUUGCAAUUGAAUUUCUGAACUCUUCCUCUCUCCUCCUCUUUGCAGAGGAAUCCAACAAGAAGCACCCAUUCCCUUGCCCAACUUCAUACCGCACAGCCCUGACCUACUAUUUGGAUAUCACUAAUCCACCACGUACAAAUGUUCUCUAUGAGUUGGCACAAUAUGCCACAAAUGCCAGUGAGCAGGAGCACCUGCGCAAGAUGGCUUCCUCCUCUGCUGAAGGCAAGACUUUGUAUCUCAGCUGGGUUGUUGAGUCCCGGAGGAAUAUCCUGGCUAUCCUGCAGGACACACCUUCUCUGCGGCCUCCUAUUGACCACCUUUGUGAACUGCUUCCCCGUCUUCAAGCUCGCUAUUACUCCAUCGCUUCUACAUCCAAGGUAAACCCAAAUUCCAUCCAUAUCUGUUCUGUUGUUGUGGAGUACACCACCAAAACGGACCGAGUAAACAAAGGAGUGGCUACUAACUGGCUGAAGAACAAGCAACCCAAUGAGAAUGGGCACAAAUCCACAGUGCCCUUGUAUGUCCGGAAAUCCCAGUUCCGGCUGCCCUUCAAACCGAACACUCCUAUCAUCAUGAUUGGGCCAGGCACCGGGAUUGCUCCCUUCAUCGGUUUCAUCCAGGAGCGGGGUUGGCUCAAACAACAAGGCAAGGAGGUUGGGGAGACUGUGCUGUAUUUUGGCUGCCGGCACGAGAAGGAGGACUACAUCUAUAAGGACGAACUUGCCAAAUUUGUCAAAGAAGGAGCCCUUACUCAACUCAAUGUCGCUUUCUCAAGGGACCAGCCAGAAAAGAUUUAUGUGCAGCAUUUGCUCAAAAAGAACAAGGAGCAUGUCUGGAAGUUGAUCAGUGAAGGAAAUGGUCACAUCUACGUGUGCGGUGAUGCACGCAACAUGGCUCGGGAUGUGCAGAAUGCCUUUUACGAGAUUGUAGCUGAAUAUGGCAAGAUGGACCACCAGCAGGCUGUGGACUAUGUCAAGAAACUGAUGACCAAGGGCCGCUACUCCUUGGAUGUCUGGAGUUAGGGGGCACUUACUGCAGCAAAGAGGGGUGACUGCAGGUGGCUGAUGAAGAGCAGGGCAAGGACUCAUCAUUCUGCCUCCAGGGAACCAUGCAUACCUUGACUUUCUCUAGCUCCUACCCAUUCCCUGACUGUUCGGCAGGGUGAAUUUAGUGGGCUUUGGUUUUCUGUGGCAAGAUCUAAUCGCAUUGAGCUAGACUCUCAGAGCAGUGGAGAAGCACCAGCAUGCCUGUCUCUCUCUCUUUCUUUCUUUGGUUGGUUGGUAGCUGCUACAGGACAUAUCUGAGGGUGGGUUUCCCACCCCUUCCUUACCCAACAGCCCCCCCCUUUUUUUUGAAAAAAAAGGGAACUCCCUUUUUGUCUCAUCUCACAGGCAUCUGUGCUCUGGUGGAAAUGGUGCUUAGAUGACCUUGGUCCUUCAAACACUGUCUCUUUUAGCCUUAUCAUCAACAGGCUGGGGUCCUUCCUGGGCUGUACUGAAGAAUACAGUGGCAACGGUUUUCAUUUUGGUCAGCAGCUGGUUGUUGGGAUUCACGUGGGAUGGGCGCCAGGAAAAUGUCUGAAGAGGCGGCAGAAGGAAUCAUUUGGAAGGCAAGUGAUAGCAGCAGUGGGUUUACACGAAGAAACCAGUAAAAAUGAAGCUCUCAUCUUCCUGUGUGGAAGGCAUGCUUGGAGGGUGAUGGUGGAACUAGAUGCUAUGCCUCAGCAUGGACCAGAGAGGAACCUGCUUGUGAUAUUUCACUUCCUUUGUUCUUCCCCUCUUGGGGGAAAAACUCAUUUUACCUGAAUCUGAGCUCUCUCCAAACCACCCCUUCUAUUUCUCCCUUGCUUUGUCCCUAACUGAACCAGAUCCUACCUAGACUGAGCCUGAUCCCAUUUCUGAUGCCUUCAGUCCCGUGCUCCUGUUCUGGACACAAAUUUGCCUCCCGCCGUUUGACUCACCCUGUUGAAGCUGCAUUCUGGUGCCUAAUGACAUGUGUUUGGAAACUGGCCAGGCAGCCUGAAUACUGAUUGUACAUAAUUUUAAGGCGACUCGUUCUUGAAAUAAAAUAACCUCUGAUUCUUUUGUUCUG